CGAAAAGAUGUCUCCUUUGUGUCAACAGGACCCCCCACCAUGCAUCGGAUCACUAUUCAUUACACGACUUCACGGCAGACAGCCGCCAAAUAUCCCCAUGUCCGGCAGUAUAUUGCCGGCCAUCGGCUCAUACGAAACCUAUCUACAUCAACAACAGGAUUUCAAGACGGAGACAAGACGGGACCAGACAAUACAAUAUCUAGUGCAUCGGAAGAUGACUUGACCAAUACCACUGUGUCUGAAAAGCAGUCGGAUCCCACACCGGUACCUACAACGGCUACCAACACAACCGAUUCAGAAUUGAGAACCAAAGAGGACUUUGUCAAAAAGUUUAGGUUGAAGCCUUCUGUUGAGGUCGGUAUCCGGGCAAGGUUUCUGGAAAAGCAGAGAAAACAGGCGGAGGAGGAGGCUGCUAGACUGGCCGCGAAAGAGUCUGAAGAAGUCGAUUCGAAUAUUGAAACCGGAAAGAUUCAGCGAUUAUUCGAAAAGUUACAACUGAAUGGAGAUACAGCUACAUCAGGAUCAGCAGAUGUUACCGGAACAGGACCCAACAACUCCCAAAACGUCUCCGACUCCUGGAAAUUCCUGUUUGACGAGGACGACUUGGGUGACAAGAAGGCCACGGAGGGAGAUAGUGGUGACAAAGAUAAAGAUAUGCUGGACAGGAUACCAGGCGCCUCCGAACUAUUUCCGAGCCUGUCCGAACAUCGGGCAGCAGCAUCCACAACAGUUUCUGAAGACCGCUCACAUAAGCCAAGUCUCGGCCAGCAUUCUCCCAGCACGGAUCGUUGGAAGGAUCCCAGGAUGAAGAGCACAGAGAGAGAUGCAUUCAAAGCUCUCUUUUCUUCUCUCUUCGAGCAAAAGAAGCCAGAGCCGCAGGAAACCAGUGUAGGCGGGAAGAUGCAGUCUCUUUUCUCGAACUUCAAUCGGACAGGGCUGGACGAUGCGGUCGAAGGCGAUCAAACAGAGGACUCAGGGUCUCUGCCUCUAUUUGGCACCCUUCCGGCAAGCUCGACUGCUUCUAUGGGCUCGCAGUCUUCUGACGCAUCGACUGAUGACGACCCCAUGCAGGUCCUUCGCCGACAACUCCAAAACCUUUCCAAGCGCGUGGAGCCGAUCUAUCUGGAAAGGAAACCAAAAACGCCGAGCUUCCAGGUCAUGGAGAACACUGUCGGACCACAGGACUGGAUGACACGAGAUCCAAGUAUGCCCCAGGAGAACAAUUUGUUCAAUGCGAUCAGAGAGGAAAACAAAGUUGCUAUCAGGAUGAGGAAAGAACUGGAGGAAAAGCAGCGAGAUAUCAUCAAGGUGAAGGAGUUUGUGGACGAGCUGAUCGAGCCUUUUGUUCAACCACCAUCACCCUCGAAUGCAGAUGUCGUGAGGCCCUCUAGCGUCAGCUUGGACAGUCUCCUAGCCCAAGCUAUUUUGGCCGCGUCCUCGUCAAGUUUGGAAGUCAGCAGUUCUGGAAACAAUGGCGAGGAAACGAAUCCGGACACCUACAGCCCACCCUCAAGAUCUCUACAUCCGUUUAUGGGGCAUGCGCUCGUGGAACACACCCGUAGACAAGGUCUUCCAGUGUUUAUCCGGACGGUGCGUACAGAAUCCUAUAAGGCGCUUCUCAAGAGUCGAUGGAAUGCAUGGCACGACGGGCCUGGUUGUCUCGAGAUCCUGAGAGAAAUGCAGCGUAGUGGCGCUUUGGUCGAUGGAGAGACCAAGAGUCUUGUUCGUAACAUGCGGAAAGAACUUAGGAUCUUCUCCUUAGCACCCUCAUCUAUGGUCUCAGAAACAGUGAGUUCAAAGGAACAGCUUCAGCAGUACGGCUGGGGCGAUGAGGAGCAGGCGGCUCCACUCGUUGAAAUGCUGAAUAUCAUCAAAGCUGCACAUGAAGACGGUGACCAUGCAUAUGAUAUGAAGCAGUGGGCCAAGAGGGCCGAGCCCAGGUCACAUUCUAGCCGCCGGUCAUCUACCGUUUCAGUAUAAAGUUAAUAAACGCUUGCAAGCA